AUAAAAUGCGCCGAUCGUUGUUCUCGGAUCGUACCUGCUGCAGGCGCGACCGAUCCGAGUGAAAAAGCACGAGGUGCAGACACGAGCAACACAGUGCUAGCUCGCGUCUUUUGCUGACGAGGUCGAAACAGACGCACGUUUGUACCGCGCGUUCACCAGGUUGUACGGAAAUGGCACGAUACGCCGAGGACGUGUACUACGAAACUGCUAUUAAACUGACGCGCGAAGCUGCCCAGAUUCUGCGAGAUUCUAUCAACGGUUUCAAACAUAUCGACGAAAAAUUAGGCGAUUGGGACCUCGUCACAGAGUACGAUCGACAGAUAGAGGAUAUAAUAAUUGGCGGACUCAAACGAGCAUUUCCAAACCAUAGGUUUAUCGCAGAAGAAUCGACUGGUAAAGACCUACCGGAAUUAACUGACGCUCCUACGUGGAUCAUAGAUCCCAUCGAUGGAACCACUAAUUUCAUCCACGGAUUCCCACACACAUGCGUGGUCAUCGGUUUGGCCGUUAAAAAAGAAAUGGUCCUUGGUAUCGUGUACAAUCCAAUUCUCGAGCAGCUAUUUACGGCUAGAAAAGGACGGGGCGCGUUUUUGAACGGAAAGCCGAUUCAGGUGUCUAAGAUACAAGAACUGUCGAAAGCUCUGGUCUGCAUGGAAUCCGGCUUCAUAAAAGUAGAUGAUCUACGGGAGAAAACGGUGGAGAGGAUCCAAACGAUCGUCAAAGCGGCUCAGGGCAUUCGCACUCUCGGUGUGGCGGCAUUAACAUUGUGUUACAUCGCGCUUGGAAUCGUGGAGGCCUAUUACAUCGAAGGUCCUGGUAUUUCGACGUGGGACAUAGCCGCAGCAUCACUGAUUAUUUCGGAAGCUGGAGGCGUCGUCGUGGACCGCAUAACAGGCGAACCGAUCGACAUCAUGAAGCCACGUGCGGUAGCUGCUUGCAACGAAGGAAUCGCUCGCGAUGUUGUCAGGCUUAUCCGUGAAGCCGAUCAACGUGUAAACAUGAGGACAAAAUAACGCCAAAAGUUUUCAAAUAUACAUAUUGAAAUUGAAAAUUUCUUUGUUAUAAUUCAACUGCCUGCACAAU